AGGUAACCCGUAGCCGAUCGUGUCAUCUGUUGUCCAGUUUUUUUUUUUUUUGUUUUUUUCCUCAUUAAUAUUUUCCGUGAGCUGCAGACGGUGCGGGUGUGUGUGCGCGUGUGCGUUUGUUUAUUUAUGUAACGAUUACCUAUUAUUAUUCGGUCUGUAAAUUAUAAAUUAUAAUACGUGUUCGUGCGCGGUGCUCCGGCGCUUCGUACCUUUGGCGACGAGCUCACUCGCUCCUUACCGGUCUUACCCGUACACCACAUGUGUGCUCGCCGACGUCGCCGCCGCCGCCGCCGACGAUGGUACAUCAGUGGUGGUCGUCGGGUCGCGUAAACUAUGCGCGCGCCGCUUGACGUCGCAAUAAUGACAUGGUAACUCCGUCGAAGCUAUGGUCAUGCCGGUUUGGAAGAUUUGGACUCGUUUGCACUCGAACAAGUCUAGAGGGCGAAACGAAUGUGAAGAUGAUGCUGUUCAACUGGAUCUAGUGACCAGACCCAGAGAGUCUCUGAAGAAGAUCCUAUCUGGUCUGAUCCAAACGCAGGGCUUGAAUGACAGUAAAAAAUUAUGUUUGUUAAACAUACUCGUCAAACUUUUAUCGUCGAUGAAUGCAAAUGAAAAUACUAGUGAUAUUUUUGGUUUCUCUACAUAUGAAAUUAUGUGUUGUCUUACACCAAGUCUGUUAAGUGAUAGUUCUGAUGUCCGGACGGCUGGUUUGAGAGCUAUUCGUCAUUGCAUAAAAAAACCAGAAGACAUAGCUGUUAUUGUACGUCUACGUCUAACCAUACUUAUUUGCAGGAGUUUGGAACUUCUACUUGAUAAUGAGAGUGAACGGCUACAAGCAUUAAGGAUUAUUCGUAAAACUUGCACAGUCUGCCCUCAACAAUUUCCUAAUGCAUUUACCCAUUCUUUGUCUGCUAUAGCUAUGUGUUCACAUGGACCUUCAAAAGACCAAUUGCAUAGAGCUUGUGUUGCUACUCUUUGUGAACUGUGUUUAUUGAAUCCUCAAGCUUUUGUAAUUGGUUGUGGCUUAAAAGCCUUGCGCCAUGUUUUAAUCACUUCUGAACUACCAUUGAGAAUGGCAGAAUGUGUAUUAGGUACAUUACUUUGGAUGUUGAAUAAACCAGAUACUAGGGUAUUAGUGUCAUUUGAUUUUGGUCAACUUGCUUCGUAUUUUACUGAUUUUAAUCCAACUUCCAAAUUGAACGAUAAAAGUUCAUUGGCUGAAACAGCCCAUGGUACUCUAGUUUCCUUAUUACGUUCUUGGAUUGGUGUUCUAUAUUUUUGUGAUCCAUCAGGUGAACAUUCUAGAAGUGGAUUAUCUUCCAUUGUUCGAGCUUUGCAUGUUCAAAAUUCUUCUACUAGAAUUUCGAUUAUAAAUUUACUACGGGAAAUUCUUGGAUUUUGUCCUGCUGAUUGGGUAGAUGAUGUUGAUACUGCAAUAGAAUCUGUAAAUCCUUACAAGUAUCGAGAUAAAUUUGGAUUAAAUAAUGGAUAUAUUUACACAGAAGUAAUGGAUCUUAUACCAAGUUUAAGUAAUAAAAGGGUGAAUUUAGUUAACUUACCUCAAUCUCUUUUAGUAAGUUGUUUAUUAGAACUUAAACUAGAUGAAGCUUUAGUUCAAGUAAUACUAACAUCAGAUAGUACAUUGUCUGUUCAGGCAACAAUUCUUCUUGGAGAAUUUCUUCAUCUAGCAGAUAGUUUAGUUCCAAACAAUACUAAACCAGCCUUGUCUGAUCUAGUAGCCUAUGCUUUAGAAGGUCGGCCAUCAUCAAAAUGUGUAAACAAUUGUACUUCAACUGAAGAAUUUGAUCAAGUAUUAUGGUCUUCUGAUGAUCGUUUAAUGUUCUAUCCAGUCAAUACUGUUCACUUUGAACAGACUGAAAUAUUUGUAGGAGAUGAUUUAAAAAAAAACAAUGCCAUGGCAGCUAUUUCUGCUUUAGCUAAAUUAUAUAAAACAUUAAACCAUGAACCAACUCCUGCUACCAUUGGCUUGUAUCAUGCCAUGAAUUUAUUCGGUCCAAAAUUUAGUAUGUUAAGAUAUGUCACACAUAAAAAACAGGCAAAACAUAAAGGAUCUCAGAGUGUAAUGACUAAAGAAUGUGAAGAUUUUGUCAAAGAAUCCGGUGUUUUAAUUGUCAAAGAAGCAGUAGUUUGGAAAUGGGAUCCAAUACGUUCUGCUCUAAAAACAAGAAUUAAAGAUGUUAACAAAUUGGAUGAUAUGAAUUAUAAUUUAUUUGUGCAAAGAUUAAUUGAAUACUUUCAACCAUCUUCAAGAAUGUAUGGUGAUGUUGAACUCAGACCAGAAGUUCUUCCAUUGAACUUAUUUACAUUAGCUUUAUUUGAUUUAGUUGAUGAUCUUAUGGAUGCUCCAAAUGAAAGCGGAGAAACUUUUUUAAAUAUUCUAUUGACUGAUAUUCAUGUGCAAUUAGAAGCAUUGACGUCUUCCAAUUAUUCUUAUAGUUGUUAUUUGAAUCCACAACGUUUAGCUAUUACUCUAAGUCAACAUUAUUUUCUAAUGCUUGGUCGAAUUAGUUCUACUGAAAGAGGACGAUAUUGUUUAGAUAAAACUAAAAUUUUUCCUCUGUUGCUGAAUAUUACUGUAAAUACUCAUUUAUGUUGUUAUGUUAAGCUUAUUGUCUCCUGUUUAGACUAUACUACUGAUUCAUUUCCAAGAAUAUUAUUAGGUCGUGUUCUCUCCUGUUCUCAACAAAAGUCUCGACUUUAUGCUACACGUUUUUUACGCUUACUUCUCCGAUUUAAUGCUCAUCGUGCAGAAGAUAUAACAACAACAGGUUUAUGGAUAUUAGAAUCACUCAUUUCACAGACACUUGAUGAUAAUCAAGUAGUAUCUACAGCUGCUUUGGAUGCUCUCGAUGAAGCUUGUGACCAUAAAGAUUAUUUAAAAAUGUUAAUUGGAUUGAGGCCUAAUAUUCUUCACCUUGGUGAUCGAGGAUUACUUUUACUUGUAAGAUUUUUAUCAGAUACAGCUGGUUAUAAAUAUUUAUCAGAGUCAAAUUUUGUUACAAAUCAGUUACAUGACUGGGGAACCCAUUUCAACUAUAGGUAUGUGUUAAUAGUUGAAGGAGAGCUACAUGACCAAUUGACUCUUCAUCAACGUCAUGAAGAUGGACACUAUAAAACUAGACUUACAAGUGAUAUGUCAAGAAAUCAAAUUCCUAAUAUUUGUUUACCAGCUCACUUGUAUUCUCAAAUGGCUGUUCAUGAUAGCGGGUUUCAAGCAGUCAUCAAAGAUAUUUAUUUUCGAAAUAUGAUUCAAUUAAUUUCUAACCUUACACAAGAGACCCCUAAAAAUCAAUUGCAUUUAAAAGCAGCUUUGUGGGCUGCUGCUCAUUUUGGCAGUGUACCACAAGGAGCUUGUUAUUUGGCCAAUAAUGGUAUUUUAAAAUGCAUAUGUAAGACUGCAAUUUCUUAUCCUAUAUACUCGGUACGCGCAACAGCUUUUUAUGCGUUAGCUUUAAUUAGUUCUAACCGAGCUGGAGCUGCUCAUCUUAGAAAUGCUGGUUGGAAUGUUUUAAACAGGGUUUUCUUGGAAGAUGAGUUUUAUAAAAUCAAAGAUAAACGAAUAGAUCCCAAUUUAACAUCUACACCAUCUAGUUCUCAAGGUCUUGUAAGUGAUUGGGUAGAUGAUACAGCUUGGGAUCCCAGUACUCAAGGUUCUGGGAAAAAAAAAUGGUCUACUUUGCCAGCUAGCUGUAGCAGUUGGUCCCGUCAACAAUAUCAUAUAAGAAGUUUAAGCGAAAGCAAAACAACUGAUAAUAAUCACCAUCUGGAACAAUCCAAUUCACCUCCUGAAAAUCUAGUAUAUGCUAGUUAUCGGUUAAGAUCUGAUAGUAAUUGCACUGUUGACAGUAGUACUAGUGGAGUUAGUUCUGGUGAGUCCGGACUUAAUACUCGUCCAACAGACAACAGCUUUUACCAUGAUAGGUACCAAACAUUAAGUCCAAUACCUAGUUCAAGUUCAUUGUCAACUAUUCCUAUGCAAACACCUUCGAAAUCGUCUAUAGCACCAGAAGGUUCUAAAUUAGCAAGAAGAAAUUCUUUUGGUUAUAAAACAUUAAAAAUGAUACAAAAAGGUAUGAGUCGGAAAAGUUUUAGAAGUAUGACAAUGCAACAUCAAUCAUCUGCAACUGAUAUGUUUGAUAUGUUAGCUGAACAAGAAUUAGACAGAAUGUCUUUAUUGAUUAGACCUAAAGAAUUUAGACAUUCUUUUAGCAUGAAUUGUUCUCUGUUUGAUCCAGAAUCAGAGCAAAUAACUUUAAAUUCAAACAAAGAUUGUCAUAAUAUUAUUAAAGAUCAGUAUAAUGAACUGUGUUAUGGUGGAAUUGCCUUGCCAUCAGAUCUUAAUAUGAUUUUUUCCAAUAUUGAAAAAGAAUCUGAAUCUGUUCCUACACCUGACUGCGAAGAUUCAUCUUCUUGUUUCAAAUAUUUAUCAACAGGUUCCGAAGCCUUGAGUACUGAUGAUUCGGACACUGAAGAAGUUGUAGCUGAUCCUGUACCUGUUAGAAGACAACGAAGUCAUAACCGUUCUUUGUGUAUGUUGUGUUCUGUUAAUGAACAUAGCAAUCGAUCUGCAACACGUAACCGAAAAGUAUCAUCUAGUUCUCUUAGACGAUGUCGAACCGAGACAGAAAGUAGUUAUGGCAUGGGUGUUGAAGGAGAAAGUCCAAUAUUAUUGCCAUGGCAACACAAUAAAUCUUCAUGCCUUCAUGACGCUUCAGGUUUUGGUACUGGAAGUAAUGAAAGCGGUGCUAGUUCUGAUAUAAGCAGUCUAGCCCAGAGGUCUACUUUAGCUGAUCGAAUUACCAAAAGUCGUUCAACCUUACGACGAGAUAUAUUGAAACUUGUCGAGCAAUUACCAAAUCCUGUUUUAUAUAAAACUUCCACCCAAAGUCUAUUACAAAUGAAACAAAUGUAUGGUGAUUUGUUUCACGACAUAUGUGUUUACUCAGAUGUCUGUAAUUUAUUAGCUGACCAUCAUUAUCAUAUUCAAGCCAGACGUUACAUGCAUGAACUGUUCUUGGACGCUCCGUUUAAAGAACUAUAUGAAGAACCUGCAGCGAUUCUUGGCCGUCAAAGUCCACUUGAAACAUCAAGUACAGACUGUAUAAGUAAUGAUGAGUUGGACAAAGGACAUUCCGGAGACAGUGAACUCGGAGUUAUCAUGGAAGCUGAAUUGGAACACAGAAGACGAUCUUCUGAAGUUACUUCAGAUUGGAAACCUCCUGCCACUGUCAGACAGCGCAAGCAAACUGUGUACGAUUCUUCUAGUCAGCGAUUACAUGAAUAAUAGAUAGAAAAAUAAAAUUGGAGGUAUUAAGCUAGUAAUUAAUUAUUUUAUUUUAAUUUAUAUUGUUUUGUU